AUGAAGCUUUCACAGGGACUCAUCGCUGCCUCUUUGGCUGUCGGUAUUAUGGCAGGGUGCCGACGGGCACCCGAACUGUGCAAGUCAGACGUUGGUCCUAUCUCACGAGGCCUGACAACCGGAUGGGUUUGCAGUCUUCCGGAAGAUAUGCCCUGCCAAACGACUUGUGAGAUUACUGGCGAGAGGCAACGAUCCGAGCCUGGUGUGGUCGGAUGGGAAACGAUGAAGUGCUGCAAGCCGCAGACCGACUGUAAGGCAGUCAUAAACCUAAAAAGAUCCAUAAUAGGAAUGCUGACAAACACGUGCUCUGAAGGUUGA